AUGGUAUUUCCAAAUAAUAAGCAAGCCACAACCAUAGCUCUCACAGUGAGCCCUUCUUGGAAUGCGCGUCUUUUUUGCGUACUACGUCACCCCCUCUUCCCCUUAGUAACCCUCAGCGGCGUCUCAGGGAGGCAGAAUCACAAGAUGGGUUUGUUAUCAAUUUUAAGAAAACUCAAGAGUACUCCCGACCAGGAGGUGCGGAUAUUGCUUCUGGGGUUGGACAAUGGUGGCAAGACCACCUUGCUAAAACAGCUGGCAUCUGAAGACAUCACUCAUAUUACUCCAACACAGGGUUUCAAUAUUAAGAGUGUCCAGUCGCAAGGAUUCAAAUUAAACGUGUGGGAUAUCGGUGGUCAGCGAAAGAUCAGACCUUACUGGAGGAACUACUUUGAGAACACAGAUGUACUGAUUUACGUUAUUGAUAGUGCAGACCGCAAAAGAUUUGAGGAAACUGGACAGGAGCUGGCUGAGUUACUCGAUGAAGAAAAGCUCAGCGGCGUCCCGGUUCUGGUGUUCGCGAAUAAGCAGGAUUUGCUCACGGCAGCCCCCGCGUCCGAGAUAGCCGAGGGUUUGAAUUUGCACACUAUCAGAGACCGAGUGUGGCAGAUCCAGUCCUGUUCUGCCCUUACAGGAGAAGGAGUCCAGGAUGGGAUGAACUGGGUCUGCAAGAGUGUGAACGCUAAGAGGAAAUAGAGCUGUUUUCCAAGCAGGAGGGAAUACAACCAUGACUUUGGAAAAAAAAACUGUCAGUAGGUAUAGGAAAUGAAGGCUUAUAAAACUAUUUAAAGUCACUUUUGCCUCUCCUUUUGGUUCUGUUUCCAUAUAAUGAGUUUAAGUUAACAGUAUCCUUUGCUAGUCUUUUAAACACAAAAUUACGAAUGUACGUCCAUGUGAUUUCACAUUUGAUUUGUUUGCUUUAGUACAUUUCAAAUCUUGAUUCAUUCUGCCUUCAUUUCUUGUUUUUAUAUUGAAUGUUAUAGUUAUUUAGAAGAUUUUGUUACUGAGACAUUUAAAAAGUGACAGCUUUCGUCUGUCCUUCCAUACUGGCAUUUCUCAAGGAUAUAACGUUCUUGUUACUCCAUCUAAGGUCAUAUUUUUGUAAGUUUUCCUGAGAGUAACAGAGAUAAGAAUUACGGUACCCAAAUGCAACAUAUAAGAAACAUCAGUAUAUUCAAAAGAAAAGGGGACCAUCAAUAGGAUGUUUUUGAUAAUUAAAUGUAAAUAAUAUUCCACAUAUCAAAUUAUUUUCUGCAUAUAGUCAAAUUUUACAAAUCCAGCAUUUAAGGAUUUCUUAGAGCUCUAUAAUGUGUGGCCUGUACAGCUGUAAUCUAUACAUUGACGAGUGCAAAAGGACGUCUGUCGUCAUCACAUAAAGAUUAUUUCUGUAGCGUCUCUGAAUGUUGUGAUGUGUGUGAAACUGCUGAAGUAAAAUACUGAAAACUGCA